UAAACCAGUAAGAUUUGUGUCUGUAUUCUUCACCGCCUCCUUCGCAAUCACCGAUUGGUUACUUUAGGAGGGAAGACUGCUAGAAGGUUUGAUGCCCACCUUCUGCGCCCUCCCCACACUUCGCCUUUCUCAUCUUCCCGCUUCUGCGCAACUCUGCUCGGCCUAACUACCUGUCCAAACCCCCGUGUGUGUCUGUGUAUUUCCCCAAGAGAGCAAGCAGCAUGUCGGACUACGGCUCACCCGGGGCCGGAGCGGGCGCUGGAGGCAAAAAAGAUGCUUUCGCGGACGCCGUGCAGCGAGCCAGACAGAUUGCAGCUAAGAUCGGAGGAGAUGCCGGACCUCCAAGUAACAAUGGAGGAGGAGGAGAGGGCUUCCCGUUCCAAACACUGAAACGUUCUCUGGAGGAUGGAGACCAACCAGAUGCCAAGAAGAUGUCUUCCCAGGGGGACAGAGACUCAGCCACUGCUUUGUCUAUCGGAGCUCAGCUCGCUGCCCUGUCUCAGCAAAGUGUCAGACCCUCCACUAUGACAGAGGAGUACAGAGUGCCAGACGGCAUGGUCGGACUCAUCAUUGGUCGAGGGGGCGAGCAGAUCAACAAGAUCCAGCAGGACUCGGGCUGCAAGGUCCAGAUCGCUCCAGGUGAGCAACUAGACAGUGGUGGCAUGCCAGAGAGGAGCGUCUCCCUCACAGGAAACCCUGACGCCAUCGCGAAAGCCAAGAUGUUUCUGGAUGAGAUUGUAUCUCGGGGACGGGGUGCACCUUCCUCCUCUUUCCACGAGUCGACCAAUGGGCAGAGUGGCUCCAUGCAGGAGAUGAUGAUCCCAGCUGGCAAGGCCGGCCUAAUCAUCGGCAAGGGAGGAGAGACCAUCAAACAACUACAGGAGCGUGCUGGAGUAAAGAUGAUUCUCAUCCAAGAUGGCUCCCAGCCACCCAACAUGGACAAACCCCUGCGCAUCAUCGGAGACCCCUACAAAGUACAGCAAGCGAAGGAGCUGGUGAAUGAGAUUCUGAGAGAGAGGGAUCACGCUGGCUUUGGAGACAGAAACAAUUUUGGCAACCAAAUGGGGGGAGGAGGUGGUGGAGGAGGAGGCAUGGAUGUGCCCGUGCCCCGCCACUCUGUGGGAGUUGUGAUUGGUCGAAGUGGAGAGAUGAUCAAGAAGAUCCAGGCAGACGCUGGAGUUAGGAUACAGUUCAAACCAGGUGAGGAUGAAGAUGAAGAUGACGGUGCAGGUCCUGAUAAGAUAGCCCACAUCAUGGGCCCUCCAGACCGCUGUGAGCACGCUGCCUCCAUCAUCAACGAGCUGCUGCAGAGCAUCAGAGUCAGGGAGGACGGAGGACAGGGGGGUCCUCCAGGUCCUCCUGGCACGGGGGGGAUGCCUCAGGGUGGCCAUGGCAGGGGGCGAGGCCAGGGCAACUGGGGCGGUCCUCCGGGAGGUGAGGUCACCUUCUCUAUCCCCGCCCACAAAUGCGGCCUUGUGAUUGGUCGGGGUGGCGAGAACGUCAAGGCCAUCAACCAGCAGACGGGGGCUUUCGUGGAGAUCUCGCGUCAGCCGCCGCCCAACGGUGACCCCAACUUCAAACUGUUCAUCAUCAGGGGGUCCCCUCAACAGAUAGAUCAUGCCAAGCAGCUCAUAGAGGACAAGAUCGAGGCUCCUCUGUGUCCUCUAGGGGGUGGUCCUGGUGGACCUGGUCCUGCUGGUCCAAUGGGCCCCUACAACCCCAACCCUUACAACCCAGGGCCUGGUGGCCCCGGAGGACCCCCGCAUGGCGGCCCCCCAGGUGGUCAUGGUUAUGGGGCCCCUCAGGGCUGGGGCAACACCUUCCAGCAGUGGCAGGCCCCUGGAGGGCCACACGACCCCAAUAAGGCAGCGGCAGACCCCAAUGCUGCGUGGGCAGCCUACUAUGCGCAAUACUACCAGCAGCAGCCAGGGGGCGCCAUGCCGGGCCAGGCCCCCAACGCCCCAGCAGCCGCCCCAGUCCAGGCAGACCCCUCCCAGGCAGCCCAGACCCCUGGAGGCCAGCCAGACUACACCAAGGCCUGGGAGGAGUAUUACAAGAAGAUGGGCAUGGCCCAGCCCGGUGGAGGUGCAGCAGCGGCGCCGGCUGCAGCUGUAGCCGGGGGAGGAGCCGGCGGACAGCAGGACUACAGUGCAGCCUGGGCUGAGUACUACAGGCAGCAGGCGGCCUUCUACGGCCCUGGAGGGGCUCCGGGACAGGCUGCCACCCCUCAGCAAGGACAACAGGCCCAGUGAACCAAAUCCAGCCAGUCUCCAGCCUGUCAGACGCAUGGACCGGGAGGACUGUUUCUUCACUGCAGCAGCAGACACAUCCCAUCCAGCUCUCUGGACUUUUUAAAUGUUUUCUUCUGGGUUUAAGUCGUAAUUCAAAAAAUGUCUGGUUUUGACGGAAGCAAAACCUUAAUUCCCUCCCUCAAAUACACUCCCAGUACCCCUCCCUCUUAUCCCAGUACCCCUCCCUCUUAUCCCAGUACCCCUCCCUCUUAUCCCAGUACCCCUCCCUCUUAUCCCAGUACCCCUCCCUCUUAUCCCAGUACCCCUCCCUCUUAUCCCAGUACCCCUCCCUCUUAUCCCAGUACCCCUCCCUCUUAUCCCAGUACCCUUUCUUCCCUUAAUUCCCCUUGUUUUUCCUUUUCUUUCUUUUUUACAAAAACUGAAAAAUAACAAAUUCUACGAUUUUUGCUGAUGAAAUGAUUGAACAACUUGGUAGGGUUGUUUUUCCUUUUUGUUCCCCUGUCCUCACCCCAACACCUACAGUGUCUGCCUGUCCUCACCCCAACCCCCAGUGUCUGCCUGUCCUCACCCUGCAUCCCAACCCCUACAGUGUCUGAGGAGGUGAAGGGGAAGAUAGUAAAGAGCUCUGGCUCAUCGGCCUAGCUAAUACCCAAUUGUAAAAUACAUGGACUCGCACUUCUGUCAUUUUGUUUGUUUUCCUGAGGAAUAAACUGUCGUCUAGCAGUACUUUGGAGUAUAACUACUACUAAUAUUCAGCAUCGGUUUGUAAAAACAAGUUGUUUUUUUGCAAGCAAAAGGAUAUUUUUUUGCUUUUUAGGCUUUUAUUUUCAUUUUUAAUUAACGUCUAGUUCAGUUAAAACAUUCCCUGUGUUGAUGACGUAGCAGCAUUUUUUCCCCUCCCCUCCCCCUCCACCCACUUAUAAUUUUACUUAGUUCAUAUUUUUUGGUAACUAAAGGGUGGGCCUGGGUUUGUGUGUGCCUGCGCGUCUGACUGUGUGUACAAGCGCCUGUUUCUAUGGCUGCUUGCUACAGUGUGUGCCUGCUUGUUUUGUUGGUUAUUUUGGCACAAUUUGUGUCCCCAAGGCCCCCCUUCCCCUUGCUGACUUCAGAUCAGAUUGCUGCAUCAUCAGAUGGGAUGCCUUUAAUUUUAUUUUUCCUCAUGUUCCAAGAAGUCGUGUUGUAUGCUGUUUUUUUUUUGUUUUUUUUACUGCUUGUUUUUAAACUUCACAAUAAAUAAAAAGUAUUGAGAUA